AUGCAUGGGAUCAGACAGGCCUUUUCACCCCUGCUAUGUUGCAUUGGCUUUCGUUCUUCUGAUAGAGACCCUCCCUCAGAUCUCUCAAACCUGCAGAAUCCUGCAUCUGCUCUGUCGAUACCACUACCUGCCUCGACUGUCCCUCACGCCGUCGGCCAAUCUCCUUCCAAUGUUGCGGACACACAUGCCUUGCGCCAAAUCUUCCGUUCCUCCUCGUCUGUGCGUGGCUACCGCACAGCGUCCCAAUCCUCGGCCCUGCCUGCCAGAAGACAAGAGUCUCUUGAUGUUGACUUUCGAUUCGGGCAGCCAGGUAAAGAACGGAAACAGCCCGGCCGGCUGGAGCAAUUGGGCAGCCAUAUUAGGCAAAAGAUUUCGGAGUCGAGAUUGAGCAAGAGUAGCUCCAAGCAUCACACUUCAGAUGACGUCGCUCACGACUCAACUGGGAUGUCCCUGCAGCGGCUGGCAGUAGACAUCCCUGAGGCUGCUCUGAGCCAACGCUCCACCGGUCUGCUUGAGCUUCUAAUGUCCCGGGGAGGCAGCGAGGGAGGAUACGACAGUGAUGCCAAGAGUAUUCAGACGGCAAUGUUGAAUGAUACAGAGAGCACCACGAGACCGAGCCCUACCACGGCGGCAGAUGUGUUCAGGACGGUCGACGUCCAUUUGUCCGCUAAUGAAGACGUGCUGACAUCUCAGAGCACGGGCAAGAACCCCCCAGGCUUUCAGCAGGCUGACACUGGUGUCUCGAUGCCUUCGACACCGUCGAAGACAUCCUUCACCAAGCUCGUGUUGCUGGAGAAUAAAGGGUCACCUACAGAGGUCUUGCAGAGACUCAGCGACGGCCUAUCAAGUGGAACCAUCAAGCUGCCCGAUGCGGCUUGCUUAAUGAGGAUGACUCACUCACCGCCGCAAAACGAGAGAAAUAACUCACUCAACCCCCACGGACGAGAAAUUGACCUCGAGUUUGAAAAAGCAUUGCGAAGGCUUAGUGCUACUGUUGCUGCCGUUGAAACGGAGAGCCUUGCCUCUACUGCGGAGAACAACCGAGACAGUUUAUUCUCAAAUCUGAACCCAAAUCUCAUUGACUUCAUUUCAAAGUUUGCUGAGCAUAGCCCAAGAAGCGCUCCCACUGAAUCAUCUUACGAAGACAUCCCUGAUGGGGGUAAAAUACCGCCAACGGAGGAAAGCACUGAUGAAGACUCAUUCAAAACAUCGAUACCGGGAGGCUCGGAUGCCUUGAGUAGAGACAUGAAAUCAAUUGCGGACUCUGACCGAAGCUCUGUACAUCUCUACAACAUGAGGAUCUCCCAACAACUUGCAAGUCCUUCCAUCACUGCGACCGGAUCCAGACCAGAGACAAGUCGCACCAGUAUCGAUCAGGCCAAAAGUGAGCAUAUAGAUGGGUGGCCAGCUCUCGGGAGACUGUCCCUGACUGGGAGUCACCCCAGCUGGAUCGCAAUUGAGCACAACAGGCGACCAUCGGAUCCCCAGACACGGCGCCUCUUCGAGAACGCUAUGCCCUUGGGGAAGUCAAAAUCACAGUUGAAAAAUGUGGUCUCGACCGGAACUGCAGUCGACUCGAUGCCCGGCAGAGGAAAUGCAAAUGAUGAUCCCGCAUCAUCAUCACACUGGAAUGAAGGUGAUAUCGGCAUGGCUGGAAAUAGCAUGUUCAGAAAGCCCAGACGCAAUCCGAACAGUAUCGCAGUCGGUGGAAGAUCAGAGUCCAUCAGCUUACCCGUUGGGUCAUCGAGUGGUAGUAUAAGCCACGCAUCGAUUGCAGGGGAGAGCGCUUGGUUCGGCCGCAGGUCCUUGCAAACCCGACAGGAGGUCGAAGGAGUCGGUGAGGUCGACCCACAUAUUCAACGACAGCGAAGCGCGAGCAUGCCGACAGGAGACAAGAUUGGGUACUUGCAGGUAAACGCUUCCCAGCGGAGGCAUGACCAAGGUUCAACAGAAUAUUAUGAGACCAUGAGUGAGAUCAGUGCAGAGCAGAUACAAGACUCCAGAAGAGAACAACUUACAGAAGUCAGCACGCAAGCGGUCCACGAUGCUUUCAACGAAAGGAUGAGUGAUAUUGAGCCAGACACCAUAUCGGGUUCCAAGAGGUCCACUCAUUGUGAGAUCGAGCUUGAUCCAUCCUCUCGGUCAUCUGAAAGAUUGUCUUUUGCCAGCUCUGAUCUUUUCCCUGGCAAUGGACGUCGACGGAUGGAGUCUGACCAGGACGCAUAUCGCCUCCAUGAUUCUACAAGCAGAUGUCAAGAGACAACCACCGAUAUGUGGCGCCGAACCUUCAAGCGAGCGAUCGAAGAGCCUCAACAUGGACUGGCGGGUGGGUUUCUUACCGCCCCCAGAUUUGACCGUAAUGGAAGGCGAAAAAGUUCGGCCUCAAGUCAAAGCGCAGCCAAUUCCGACCGGGAAGUCGUCACUGGAGAGUCAAUCCAUGGCCCCGACAUGAGCGGAUUGCAGCCUGGCCUUCUCUACAAGACUCGAAACGAUCAGAAGCCUACUAUCCGGCGUAGCUCAGACACAUCGGAGCGAACUCCCAGACUUGGUGCACGACGAAGCGCCCCAAUAUUUAAAGCAGGGGAAGAAUUGCAGAGGAAAGCUCCAAAAAAAAAGAGUAUCUUGGAUUUGGGCAGGAGAUUCACCAUCGUUGGAGCCACUCCUGAUGAUAAACGUCAAGGGUCCAACACUCCCUUCAGGGAUCUCCUGGGUCUGUGGGCACGCUUUCCCAGUUACACGAGAGAAGCCAGGAGUGGUCCAGCAGGUGCCAGCGACGGGGUUGCUGUUCGAGACUUUGCUGUGGAAUGUACUGACGAGAAUGCAACAACCUACCCAACGCCUCAGGCAUCUUGGAAUCGAUCGACGUUGUCCAUGAGCUUACGCACGCCACCAUCAUGGAGACGACUGCCGUUCGGAAAGACAAAUAUUGACAAGCGUAAAAGCAGGAGCCUGGACAUUCUGCGCAAUAGUAUCAACGAACAGCGAUCGGCGGAUUUGCGGACCAAGAAGAACGGGAGGGGUUUGGUAGGGAAGUGGAAGAGGAUUUAUCGCAACAGCAGCUCUGACCUUAGAGCGUAUACGCAGACCUAUGGACAUAGAAGCAGUAUCAGUAUGAGUGCCAGUGUCGAAUAUCCGGAGCUGGAGAUCAUUGCAGGCCAUGACGGUAGUCACGACUCUCGACCAUUUCGCUGGGGUCCGGGGGCAAAUGGAUCCGUGGGUGGGCGGUCUCAGCAGCCUAGUGAGCCACCUGAGGAGCCCCUUGUUUCUGGCCGGUCAGAGGCACCACAGCUUGACAGUUUGCCCUGGACGGCCAUGUACAGGGAUUGUGUUGGCAGUCUAUCUGCACUGAAGAGUGAUGUGAAUCUGCAGCAAAUGACCGAAGGAGGUGAACCUCGGCGAUCGAAGGACAGACAAGGCAGUGGGGAAAUGAAGUUUGACAAUCAACGCGAAACUGCGGCCGACGAUGAAGUCCAGCCUGGAGAAGAGGAAACUGCAAAAGGGCUAAUCGAAAAGAUCGAAGACACUGGCAAGAAUGGGUGA